GAAUUUAUUUAUGCAAUGCUCAUAUGAGAACAAACCCCCGACCCACUAAAGAUAUACAUUAACAGAAAUAAUGGUAUUGACCACCACCGCCGGAGACGUUACAACGGAGGCGGAUUCCGCCGUUUACGACAGAAAAACCGAACUCAAAGCUUUAGACGACACCCAAACCGGCGUCAAGGGACUCGUCGACGCCGGCUUAGCUAAGAUUCCCCGAAUAUUCCUUCACCCCAACACCAAAGAUUCUUCUUUUUCUACUCCUCGUCAUCAUCGUCUCCAUGAACCCAGCUCCGCCGCCUCCGACCACGAGAGCAUCCCCGUGAUUGACCUCGAAGCCGGCCAACGAUCCGACGUGGUUGACCAAGUGCGCUUUGCUUGUGAGAACUGGGGAUUCUUUCAGGUGGUCAACCAUGGGAUCCCGGUCGACGUUCUGGAGAAGAUGAUCGGUGGGGUGCGUGAUUUUCACGAGCUGGAUCCUCAGGUGAAGAAGCAAUGGUACUCGCGUGAUUACACGCGCAAGAUCUUGUACAAUACCAAUUUUGACCUUUACUCCGGUACGGUUACUAACUGGAGAGAUACAGUGACUUUUGCUUUGGAUCCGAAUGCUUCUGAUGAUGAUCUUAUUGAGUUUCCACCGGUUUGCAGGGACAUAAUGAUAGAAUACUCAAACAAAGUAAGGAGAUUAGGCUCGACACUAUUCCAACUCAUAUCAGAAGCCCUUGGACUAAGCACAAAACACCUCAUAGACAUGGGUUGUGCGGAUGGACUCUUAUCAUUCGGCCAUUACUACCCACCAUGCCCCCAACCAGAGCUGGUAAUAGGCACAAGUGACCACACUGAUAGCAGCUUCUUCACUGUGCUCCUCCAAGACCAACUUGGUGGUCUCCAAGUUCUUCAUCAAAAUCAUUGGUUCAAUGUCACUCCUAUUCAUGGAGCCCUAGUCAUCAAUCUUGGAGACUUGAUGCAGCUGCUUUCAAAUGACAAGUUCAUAAGCGUCACUCACAGAGUGCUGGCCAAAAAUGAAGUUCCAAGAAUAUCAAUAGCAAGUUUUUUCAGAGCAUUUGGUGAACUUGAAAUUAGCUCAAGAGUAUAUGGGCCUCUUAAAGAGUUGAUAUCAGAAGAAAAUCCUCCACGUUAUAGGGAAACAACCGUGAAAGACUUCGUUGCACAUUACUAUAAGAAAGGUCUCAAUGGAAUCUCUGCACUAGAGCAUUUGAAGCUAUGAAGAUCUGAUUUAUCAUAUUCGUAAAUGUGCAUUGGUGGCUUAUGCUUCACAACAUUCUUCUUUUGGAUGAAUUUUUUUAGGUAUAUUGUAGUGUGGUAGUCACUUUUAUGUAUAUUUUCUUGUAUUCCUAAUGUUUAUACACGUGCGCUUGUAUGACAAAAGAUAAACCUAUUAUGAUUCUCGUGUUAUAAGGAUGAAAUAUUAUAUUUAAGUUGACUCUCCA